AGCGGCGGGCGCGGCAGGUGUGGGGACAUGGCCGGGGACAUGCGGGCCCUGCUGUGCCUCUGGCUGGUGGCCCAGGUGGCCCGCGUGGCCGUGUCCUCGCGGGUCCGCACCCGCCGGGAGCUGGGUCCCGGGUUGUACCAGCACGGCGUCUACGACGCGGGCGGCUCCUACUGCCAGCGGGGGGACGUGUGCUGCCACGGCCGCGACGACGGCUGCACCGUGCCCUACCACGACACCCUCUGCUACUGCGACCUCUUCUGCAACCGCACCGUGUCCGACUGCUGCCCCGACUUCUGGGAGUACUGCCUGGGAAUUCCAGCGCCCUUCCCCAAAGCCCCAGGCUGUGCCCGUGCCGGACACAAUUAUCCCACGGGAGCCACGUACCGGGAGAACUGCAACUUGUGCACCUGCGGGCCCGGCGGGCAGUGGCAGUGCGAGGACCACGCCUGCCUGAUGGAUGGGGAGCUCAUCGAUGCCAUCAACAGGGGCAAUUACGGCUGGAGAGCCGCCAACUACAGCCAGUUCUGGGGGAUGACCCUGGAGGACGGGAUCCGGCACCGCCUGGGCACCUUCCGUCCCUCUCCCACCGUCAUGAACAUGAACGAGAUGCACAUGAACAUGGACUCCAACGAGGUGCUGCCGCGUCACUUCGAUGCCGCCGAGAAGUGGCCCGGGAUGAUCCACGAGCCCCUGGACCAGGGAACUGGCCGCUCCCCCCUCGGGCCGUGAGGGGAACUGCAGGGACGGACCGGCUCCUGGGCCUUCUCCACGGCAGCCGUGGCCUCGGACCGCAUCUCCAUCCACUCCAUGGGCCACAUGACCCCCGCGCUGUCCCCGCAAAACCUCCUGUCCUGUGACACCCGCAACCAGCGCGGCUGCAGCGGGGGGCGCCUGGACGGAGCCUGGUGGUACCUGCGCAGGAGGGGCGUGGUGACAGACGAGUGCUACCCGUUCACGAGCCAGCAGAGCCAGCCCGCGGCUCCGCCCUGCAUGAUGCACAGCCGCUCCACGGGCCGGGGCAAGCGACAGGCGACAGCGCGCUGCCCCAACCCCCAGACCCACUCCAACGAGAUCUACCAGUCCACGCCCGCCUACCGCCUCUCCUCCAGCGAGAAGGAGAUCAUGAAGGAGCUGCUGGAGAACGGUCCCGUGCAAGCCAUCCUGGAGGUGCAUGAGGAUUUCUUCAUGUACAAGAGCGGGAUCUAUCGGCACACGCCCGUGGCCGAGGGGAAGGGGCCGAAGCACCAGAGGCACGGGACGCACUCGGUGAAAAUCACUGGGUGGGGAGAGGAGCAGCUGCCCGAUGGCCAGACCCAAAAAUACUGGACGGCGGCCAACUCGUGGGGCACGGCGUGGGGCGAGGGCGGCCGCUUUCGCAUCGCCCGCGGCGUCAACGAGUGCGAGGUGGAGACUUUCGUCGUGGGGGUUUGGGGCCGCGUCAGCAUGGAGGACAUGCCCCACAAGUGAGCCCCGCCAUGUCCCCGAUGUCCCCAGCGCGGCCCCGCCCUGCUCACAGCGUGCUGGGCAGGGGGCUGUCCCCCGUGUCCCCUGGAGGAGGCUGGCGCUGUCCUUUGGAAGGGGCUGGCGCUGUCCCCCGUGUCCCCUGGGGAGGGGGCUGGCGCUGUCCCCCUGUCCCCUGGAGGGGGCUGCGUGUCCCCGCAGUGCUGACACAGCGGCUGGGGGCAGCGGGGCGUGCGAGGGGGUUGCCCCGGGGGCUGCUCCCGUCUCCCAUGGGAUUUACCCGCUAAUCCCCCCUGCCCCGGGGCUCGGCUGGGCUGCGGUGGUGGCGGGGGGCUCUUCAAAGGCAGCUGCACCCCACCAAAUCCCGGCUGGGGCUGUGGGAUUUCUCCUCCCUUUUCUCUCCCAUAUUCCUGCCCCUCCCGUCCUGGCCCCAGCAGCUCCACUCCUCCCAGCAGGGCAGCGCUGGAGUUUGGGGGAAAAAUAACCCAGCAAGGGGAUCCCCUGAGCCCCCAGGGCUGGGUGUCGCCAGGAUGGGGUCCCCACCAUCCCCCCAGCCCGUCCCUAUGGUGCUAUGGCCCUGCCACCCCCCUGGGGGACAGCAGGGACAAGGGAGGGCUCAGCCCCGUGGUGUCCCCGUGUCCUGGGGGGGGCCACGCAGCCAGCACAGCCCGGGACCUCCCCCCUUCCACCCCAAACCAAGGGCUGUACUUUUAAGACAUUUUUUUGUAUUUAUUUUGCUUUUUAUUGUUUGUAAAUAAAGUUAUGGAA